AUGGCAACCGUGGUACAAAAUACCGUUGAGAGGCUUGACAGGCCAAGUGCUUAUUAUCAGAGUCGUAACAAGAAGCGCAAGUAUGAUCGGGAUGAUGAGGGGGAAGGUAGAGAGAGGACACCGGAAGAGGCAGAAGACCCAUUGAAAGAUGCUGCGACCCUUUAUGUGGGAAACUUCAUCAGGUCUUUUUACACUACGGAGGAACAGAUCCACGAGCUGUUCUCGAAAUGCGGGGAGAUUAAGAGGUUGAUAAUGGGGCUCGAUCGAUUCAACAAGACACCUUGCGGAUUCUGUUUCGUUGAGUAUUACCAUCAUCAAGAUGCUCUUGACUGCAUGAAAUACAUUGGUGGCACGAAGCUUGAUGAGAGAAUCAUUCGAACAGAUCUAGAUCCUGGAUUCAAGGAGGGAAGGCAAUAUGGAAGGGGAAAGUCUGGCGGCCAAGUGCGCGACGAGUACCGGGAAGAAUAUGAUGAGGGUAGAGGUGGUCUAGGUCGAGCUAUUCAAGCAGAAAGACUUAAAGAAGAAGAGGAAUAUGGUAAAGGCAGAUAG